AUGCCUCUGGAGGCAAUCUGUCGUUGGCCGGCACGCCGAGAGGGUCUCUGCACCAUAUGCUUGACGCGCUGCCCCAAAGGGCCCCAAGGCGAGCUGUCGGUAUUCACGUCAUGUUCGCUGCAACGCAAUGGGGCAGAGAUAGAUGACGAAGGAGAGCUGGAUAGAGAUGAAUCCGGGGUUAUUCUAUCCGCUGUUGCGUGCCGGCGGGGGAGCCCAGAGGUGAUGCGAACUCUAGAACGAAACCGGACGCUGCGGUUCUUGAUUGCGAUAGGUGAAGUUUCUGACGGGGCAUAUGGACUUUCGGUAUGGGAAUCAUCUGCGGCAGACGAGCUUGUCACGGUGCUCUGUAUGCUGCUCAUCAGCGACUCUGGGACAUUGUCGACAUGGCAGAAUGUGUGGGUAGGCGAAAGGAAAGGUCGUAGGGGAAAGAGUCGAGGUUAUGCUCGCUGGCCUUUACCAUUGGCGGAGCUGUGGCCCAAGGAGAAAUUUUUACUUUAUCUUGCCGUCAACGAGUCGUAG